AUGUCCGUCAGUACGCCAGGUGAGUUGGACACGUUAAUAGAAAAAGCCACUAGCGAAAGCAUUCCGAAUGGCGACCUCGAUCUUCCCAUAGCAUUAGAGAUUUCUGAUGUCUUAAGGUCUAGAAGGGUCAGCCCUAAGGAUUCGAUGCGUUGCAUAAAGAAAAGAAUCCUUAAUACAGCCAAUAAUCCAAACACUCAAUUGUCUUCAUGGAAACUUACAAAUAUAUGUGUUAAGAAUGGUGGAACACCAUUUAUUAAAGAAGUUUGUUCUAGAGAGUUUAUGGAUACCAUGGAACACGUUAUUUUGAAAGAGGACAAUAACGAAGAAUUGUCUGAGUUGGUAAAAACCAUACUAUAUGAAUUAUAUGUUGCCUUUAAGAACGAUUCGCAACUAAAUUAUGUAGCUAGGGUUUAUGAUAAGUUAGUCUCUCGUGGCAUUAAGUUCCCUAAAAAGUUGACAAUUUCAAAUUCGCCAACUGCAAUGUUCGAUUCAAAGACGCCAGCGGACUGGAUAGAUUCCGAUGCAUGCAUGGUUUGCUCCAAGAAGUUCACUUUGUUAAAUAGGAAGCAUCAUUGUCGUUCUUGUGGUGGAGUAUUCUGCCAAGAACAUUCAUCAAAUAAUAUACCAUUACCUGAUUUAGGGAUUUAUGAACCUGUGAGAGUUUGCGAUAACUGCUUUGAAGAUUAUGACUUGAAGAAACAUGACAAUAGUAAACAAUCAAGAAAACAUCGUCACAACAAAAAAAAAAAGGAUAAGGACAGUUCAACCCCUGAAGAUGAAGAGGAAUUGAUAAGAAGAGCUAUAGAGCUCUCUCUAAGGGAAUCUAGAAACAGCACAAGUGGAGAACCUAUAGUCCCUAUUGUGGAACCAAGACCUGCGGAACAGUACCAUGAGCCAGAAAGAGAAGAAGAAUUAGAAGAAGAGGAAGAUUUAGAUUUAAAGGCAGCCAUUGAAGCAAGCUUGAGAGAAGCUGAAGAAGCAAAAAAACGUAGCGAGCGUCAGCAGACACACCAACAACCACACCAACAACCACAACUGCAACGACUCCCACACCAACCACAACCUCUUCAAUCUGUUGAUUUAACGCAUGAAGAAGAAGACAGCAUAUACAUGUUUGCAUCGCUAGUUGAAAAAAUGAAAUCUAGACCCGUGAAUGAAAUUUUGGAAGAUUCCAAACUACAGAAUUUAGCACAAAAAGUAUUUGCCUCCAAAGCUAGAUUGAAUUAUGCUCUAAAUGAUAAAGCUCAAAAAUACAAUACUUUGAUAGAAAUGAAUGGGAAGAUCUCUGAGGUUAUGAAUAUAUAUGAUAGAUUGUUGGAGCAGCAGCUACAAAGCAUCAGCUUAUCACAACAAUACACUCUUCCACAAGUUCCCUCUGAUCCUUAUGAUUAUUCAGCAAAUCACAUGCCAAAUCAACAGCAAAGUUAUCAACUACCUCCUAUUCAGCAACCAUCCUACCAGUAUCAACCGCAACAAGAGGUUUCACAUCAACGACCAGAACGGGUGGACCCACCUUCAACUACUAAUAUUGACCAUUUGAAAACCAUUAAUAUAGUACCACAAGCAGAGCAAAAGCCCCAGCCGCAAGUUGAACUCGCACCUUCCGAUCCACCUUAUCCAAAGGAAGAAGAGGAGGAAGGAGAAAGCCAAAUAGAACCCGAACGGAAAGCUUCCACACAAGAGUCACAUGAAAGACCAUAUCCUGUGGAGACAGAAACGGAGGAAAACUCAAUAAAUGAACGGCCUCAAGGUAUUACACGCUAUGAUUUCCCGACUGUUCCCGCACGUAAAGUCGUCGAACCAGAGCUGGCCACACCAAUUGCUACAAGCUCCUCUGAGACUCCGAUCAAAGAAGAAAGGCCGCCAACUCCUCAAGAGGAGUUAUUAAUAGAGCUUUAA